AUGGCUCGUGCCGAAUCGGUGGGAGUACUAGUGUACAGUACAUUACCAACACGCAUAUCUGUGGUUCCGGUGACUCAUUCCGAACAGGCUGUUGUCUCCGACGCCUUGGUGGACAUUAAAGAUGAUUUAUCCACCUCUGAAAAAAUUACACUCAUGGGAGUAGGAGGAGGAUGUGGCAUAAGCAAGAAGGGUGCACACACUGCAUUGGGACAGACCAUCCUGAUGUGUGUCUUCAGAGCCAAUACACUCAAAUGUCAUCAAACUCAGUAUCAACGAGAUGAGAACCAAUGUUGUUCAAAGUGCCCAAUUGGAACUCAUGUUCGGAAUGACUGUACGAAACUUGGCAGCACUUCGUGCCGGGAGUGUGUGAAGGAUACCUACAUGAAUAUCCCGACUGGACUAAAACAUUGCUUUCCAUGCACAAACUGCAACGCAGGAUCUGGUCUACAAGUAAAGCGGGAGUGUACUACGAUGUCAGAUGCUGUGUGUAAACCACUUGAGGGAUUCUUCUGUGUGGACCCGGUUGCCGAUAGCUGUCUUCGCGCAAGGAAACAUAAACGCUGUCAACCAGGACAAUACAUCAGCCAAAAAGGAACCCCAUCUCAUGACACUAUAUGCUUCGACUGCGCAGAUGAAACCUUUUCAACUGGGAACUUUACAGUUUGUCAGCCACACAAAAAAUGUGAGCUUGAAGAUUUACUGGUAAAUCCUGGAACUAGGUCAACUGAUGCUGAAUGUGUGCGAAGACGUUCUCGAUGGUUUAUUAUUGUCCCAGCAAAGCAAUCGGCAUGA